AUGGAGAUGACUGAGGAAGAUCAGCUAAAGGUUCCUCUGGCUGUGGUUCCAAAACCUCUGGUCUUAAUACAGCACACUGCAGCAUCAAUAAACCCAUAUUAUGUUGUGAGAUACAAUUCUGAAAAUGACAUCCCUGCGGGAGUCCAAGGGGGAACAACUUUGGUCUCAUGUGUACCAGAAUUUGCUGAUCGUGUGCUUAAUAAUAACAAGGAUCUUUAUAGGAAAGGCUAUGAUGCAUCUGGUCCAAAUGAUGAAGAGUUGUCUGAUGAAGUAGAGUUUUCGGAUGAUGAGAAAGAAGCUGAAUACAGGAAAAUGCAGAGAAUGACAAAGAGAGGGAAUAGUGAUCAAAAUCCUGGCAGGAGAAGAAACAAUAAAAAUAAGUUUUCAUUGAAAGAGAUGGUGCCACCUACUCUCCCUAAUGCAUCUACAGCAGCACAUCAUGUGUUACAUACCGCCCCUAAUGCACCUGCAGUAGCACCAUUGGUUAAUCAUGGAAAUCGAUCUUCAUUUUUAGGCACUGGACAGGGUGGAAUUACCACAGUUUCUCCAUUUCAACCUUUAAAUGCAGGUCCUAACUUUGCUGCAAAUGCAAUGUGGGCAAAUCAGACAACAUUUCCUCAGCAGUCGCAGCUUUCCCUGCUUCCAAAUGCAUUUCUUACAAAUGCCAUGUCAUAUUAUCCACAAAAUACACAAUUUUCUCAUCAGUUUCCUGUGCGAGGAGGUCCGUUCCAACUGCAACCAAAUUCCUUGCUCACAAAACACCAACCUUUACCCUGCUGA